GGCUUAAAUAUUGUUAUUUGAAAAUUUUGAUCAUAUUAUUAUAUAUUAUUAUUAUUUUUAUUUGUUUAUUUAAUUGACUGUUAUACGAGUGUUUGCUGUUUCGUAUAAAACUGUAAUUAUUAGUCAUUAAUUCUCGUGCAAAAGUAUUGCUAAAAAGUAAAUUACUAUUAACUAAAAGCGAGUAGAAAUCAAGCUACUACAAACUGAACAGUGUUAAUGCUAUUGUAUAAAAAAAUCAAUUUGUGUAUAGCUUCAUCAUAUAAUGUCAGAUUCGCCGAGGCCUAAAGGAUUGAAUACUUCAAAUGCUGGGAAGUCCUCCCCAGCUCGAGAAGUGGAUGUUUACUCUGGUCGGCCUGCUCAAGGGCAUAGUGGUAAUCUGACUGGCAAUCGUCGCAUAUUGAAAGAUACCGCAGCAGAUAUCUUCAAUCGUAUGCAGCAAUGGAAAGUUUAUCAAGAUAGAGGAUGUGUUUUAAUAUCAAAUAUAUUCAAUUUGAGAAUGGAAACGUCAGGCAUACAAUUUCCAGAUCAACUUGGUAGUUUAGUAAAGGAGCUAAAAAAAUUAUGUGAGCAAAUGUUUGAUAUUGUGGAAGGACUCAAAAUUAAAUUAAGGAAUCUUAUAGCCAUAUCAGUUUUAGAAAAAGGCAAUACGACUCCUCUUUUCAUAUCAUGGACAACAGAACAUUUUUGCAAAGUAACUGAGAAAAUAUUAAUAGCUUAUCAAAAAGAGCAAAAACUUCAUCAAAGUCUUUUAUUGAGAAUAGCAGACAGCUUAGAUCCUGAUAAUCUGUUAUUUUAUCUUUCAUGUUGGACAUAUCAACCAUAUUUAGAUCAUACCAUUGAAAAAGAAUUGCAUUGUAUGAUUAAAGAGACUAGACAUGUAUGAGUUAGUUUAACAAUAAAUUAAGCUAAAAUAGUUAA